AGCAGGCUAGAACGUGUCCGUGUUAUGUGUGCCAUGGACUCAGCCCAGUAAUAUUGACAAUAGGGCGAAAAAGGGACAUAAUUUCCCCUCAUAAAUCAUAUUUCCUGGAUAAAUAUAAUCAAUAAGCGCGGUGUGUGGAUGUAAAAAUACACCCGGGGAUGUUCUUAUUUCAGCUGGAACCUUUUCUGUCGUCGGAAAUUUGAGUGUUUGAUGGGAUUAUUGCUGAGUGUUUGGCAGUUUUUAAGGCCAAAAACAGAUUUGGUGUCUUUAUUAUUCUUUUGCUGCUGCUUCAAGAGACCUUGAAGGAGGAAAGACAGUUAAAAACACCCAAAUCAGCUCCUCACAUCGAAAACAUCAAGGGCUAUGUCCUCCGCAGCCACCACUCCUCCAUCAGUGGAUAAAGUAGACGGAUUGUCCCGGAAGUCUGUCCGGAAGGCCAAGCAGAAACGCUCUCAGAGUUCCUCACAGUUCCGCUCUCAGGGCAAACCAAUUGAACUCACACCUCUUCCCUUGCUCAAAGACGUCUCUGCUCAGGAGCAACCGGAGUUGUUCCUGAAAAAACUUCAGCAGUGUUGUGCUGUGUUUGAUUUCAUGGACACACUGUCAGACCUGAAGAUGAAAGAAUACAAGCGCUCAACCCUCAACGAGCUUGUCGAUUAUGUCACAGUCAGCCGAGGAUACCUCACAGAACAGGCCUACCCUGAGGUCGUCAAAAUGGUAUCCUAUAAUAUAUUCCGAACUCUUCCGCCCAGUGACAGUAAUGAGUUUGACCCAGAGGAGGAUGAACCCACUCUAGAGGCCUCAUGGCCACAUUUACAGCUGGUGUAUGAGUUCUUCAUUCGUUUUUUGGAGAGUCAGGAGUUUCAACCAAGCAUUGCCAAAAAGUACAUAGACCAGAAAUUUGUCUUACAGCUGCUGGAGUUGUUUGACAGCGAGGACCCAAGGGAGAGAGAUUACCUGAAGACAGUCUUACACAGAAUCUACGGCAAAUUCCUGGGACUGAGAGCUUUUAUACGAAAACAGAUUAAUAAUAUUUUUCUACGUUUUGUUUAUGAAACUGAGCACUUCAAUGGGGUCGCAGAAUUGUUGGAGAUUUUGGGCAGCAUCAUCAAUGGCUUUGCUCUGCCACUGAAGGCUGAGCAUAAACAGUUUCUGGUGAAAGUUUUGAUUCCCCUUCACACCGUCAGGAGCCUCUCACUCUUCCAUGCACAGCUGGCAUAUUGUAUUGUACAGUUCCUAGAGAAAGACCCAGCGUUAACAGAACCGGUCAUCAGAGGUCUGCUGAAAUUCUGGCCUAAAACUUGCAGUCAGAAAGAGGUUAUGUACCUAGGAGAGUUGGAGGAGAUUCUGGAUGUGAUUGAGCCCACACAGUUUGUGAAGAUUCAGGAGCCUCUCUUCAAACAGAUCUCCAGAUGUGUCUCCAGCCCUCAUUUUCAGGUGGCUGAGAGAGCUCUGUACUACUGGAAUAAUGAGUACAUCAUGAGUCUGAUUGAGGAGAACUCCAGCGUGAUUCUUCCCAUUAUGUUCACCAGUCUGUACCGGAUCUCCAAAGAGCACUGGAACCCGGCCAUAGUAGCUUUAGUCUAUAAUGUUCUGAAGGCCUUCAUGGAAAUGAACAGCACUUUGUUUGAUGAACUCACAUCCACUUACAAGUCAGAUCGUCAGAGAGAGAAGAAGAAAGAGAAGGAGAGAGAGGAGUUGUGGAAGAGGUUGGAGGAUCUGGAGUUGAAGAGAAGCCUCCACUGCGAUGGAUUUAUUCCCACUUAACGACGCGCCUCUCCUGGACCGUUUUUCCAACGCCUCCACCAUGCGCCCGGAACGUUGGCAGCAUAUUUCUUUUCCUUUCUGUAUUUGUGCGUUUUACUUUACCGUAGAAUCACCUCAUCAGUCUCAUUAUUUCAAAAGCACUGUAAAUAACUUUUAUUUUAUCCUCUUUUUUUUUUUUCCCCCUUUAAAAAUAUUAUGCCGAAAAAGAAUGUGACUAGAUAAGAAAGUUAAAAAAAGAAAAAAGUUAGAAAAAAAAAUCAAUAAAUAAAAGAAACACGCACUGGAGGGGGAAGGACUUUGAACAGACAGUUGGACUGAAAUGAACGACUGCUGUGAAGACGAAAAUCACACAAACGGAGAAUCUCAGCUCACCGAUCUGACAUACCUCACCCAUCCCUACAAAACCACACCAGCCCAGUUCUCUCUCUCUCUCUCUCUCUCUCUCUCUCUCUCUCUCCUCCCUGCCCCCCUCUCAUCAUCCCUUUCUUGUACCCCCAUCCCAAUUCCACUUAUUGUCCAAUUUCUAUUAAAUGGUUUGUUUCUUCAACAUAUUCCACCUGGGUGUCCUGUAUAUCUGAAAGAGGAAUUGUCUGCCUUGUUUAUACUCCUGACCGUUGACCCAAGUGCUAUGGAUCAUCCUUUAAAAUCUGGAUAAAUCGAGUGGGUCUGCUUUGCAGACUUCUCAAAGGGGAUGCUAAUGGACACUAUUUAGUUACCAGCAGAGAAGAGGAAUUCAUGAAUAUGCACCAGCUUUGACACACCCAUGCAUUUGUUUCCCCAUUUUUUCCCAUUUCUGUUCAAAGGUGCCACCAGGUUCACUUCUUUGGACUCUUUAGCACCAGUCCGGUACUGGUACCAGUGAAUGACUCACACACAUACACGCAUCUGAGAGGGGUAUCAAGAAAUUCCGCACCAAAUCGGAGAUGCUUGUCAUGAGAAAUUGAACUGCAAGUGCAUACACACACUUUGCAUUCGAGUGUGUGAGGGAGUUUCUUAAAGUGUUAAGUACCUGUAUACUGUAUCUGAAUGCAGGACUUUGAUAGUAGAACCUUUAGCAUAUUUUUCUUUAGGAGAUUCCAGUAGAUGAUGAGAAACAAUUGAACAGCCUCUGGGGAUUAAUUUUUCUUUCUUUCUUUCUAGGGAUUCACUUCUCAUUUGUUUUGGUUUUAUUUUUUUGUCUGGAAUUGGAGUUGUUGUUUCUUUUGACCAAGUGGAAUUUGUUCUCCCUUCCUUUUUUUUUUUUUUACUUAGUUGCUGAUUGGGGGACGGGGAGGUGAGAGGGGGAUUGUGGAGGGCUGAUGCUGUUGUGAGAUUUGUCAGAAUGAACCUGUGCUUUAGAAAGCCCCAUACAUCAAACAAUUACAAAAGUUAAAAAGGGUCGGAGAAAUACAAAUGUUUAAUUAUUUUAAAAAAUAAAGAGAUUAAAUUAAACAUGUUUUGUGAUAAAGAUGUAAUGUAAUUUGCCUUAUUUGUGGUGUGUGAAUGUGUAAAGAAGAGGUUUUGUACGGAGCACAAAAAAUGGAAGGAAAAGGGCCGUGAGAAGAAACUUGUUUAUUGAGACAAUUGAGAUCCGGUUCCAGUUGAGAAAUAGUGGAGCCGAAUUAUUUUUAUGACUGAAAUUGUUGGCAUAAUGUUGAUUGUGACAGAAAUAAUUUCAACUCUUAUUUAAAAAAAAAAAGCAUAAAUCUAGGUUAAAGUGAGGCACUUACAAUGGAAGUCAAUGGACCAUUUUUACAGGGUUUAAAGGCAGAAAUGUGAAGCUUAUAAUUUUAUGAAAGCACUUG